AUGAACUCGGGCCAGCAGCACGCCAUGUCGAUCACCCCUCCGUCGACGGCUCCACCCUCCCUCAACAGCUUCUACGACCCACCUCCUACCCGUGACGGGGACUCCUCCAGCGGCGGGUCCAUGGACGCUCUCCCAGCCAUGCCUGCUAUGGCUGUGUUCCCUGCCAUGCCCAACAUGCCCAACAUGCCCAACAUGCCCAACAUGCCUGUUAUGCCCAACAUGCCCGCCAUGCCCAACAUGCCUCCCAUGCCUUUCCCCUCGCUCCCGCUUCCCGCACCAACCUGGAGCGCCCCUUCCCAGAACUACCUGGACGCCAACCUGGUCGCCACAACCCAAGCCACUUCCUCCGCCGUCGAGGCGCUUCACAACGCCCAGCAGCAGGCUUCCAAGACCCUCGCCUCGCUUCCCACUAGCGAGGCCGAGAAGCUGGUCAGGCGCAGUGGAUGGGCGGACGCGCAGGGCACCGCGGCCGCCAAGGCGGCUUUCAACUCCACUCUCACGGCCCAGGCUGUGUACGGGUACAGAAGCGUGGCCAAGCAGGCGCGCAUUACAAAGGCCGCGUUCAAGGCUUGGUCGGACAUGUAUGAGAAGGACCUCGACAAGGUAGCGCUUAGCGCCGACGCCAUGGCGCGCUGCGAGAUGGACACUUGGGUUGCCUCGAUGGGGGCCCAGAUCCCGUACGAGUAG